UGAGCCUGCCAAACCAUGAAAGGUCUAAAGGAUUAAAAAAAAGUCCUGUUUAAACUCCAUAUUUAACAAUCACUGACCCAAAAGGUUGAUAAUCGAGUGCGCAGUCACACGUGUAACUGGUGCAAACAAUUAAACCUUUACGAGAUUUGCCCACCGUGGUGAGUUGAUAGGUGGCAGCUGCAGGCAUUGCCCUUUUAAAUUUCCCUGAAAGGACUAGGGGGCUUAAAACGCGAAAGAUACAAAUAUUCAACAGAGAGCAUGCGUGGAACUAGUAGCGAGUAAAACUUGGUUUCGAGGGUUUGAAAGUGAUUAAAGCGUAGAGCGUUUAAAAAAAGUGAGACGAAUAGCCUUGGGAUAUAUCCUACUGCAUCAAUGGAGAAUACACAGAAAGAAUAUUUGUUUAAAAUUUUAGUGAUUGGAGACCUGGGCGUUGGAAAGACCAGCAUUAUUAAGCGGUAUGUUCAUCAGAUUUUCUCCCAGCAUUAUAGAGCAACCAUCGGAGUGGACUUCGCCCUCAAAGUCUUACAUUGGGAAGAAGAUACUAUCGUUCGAUUACAGCUUUGGGAUAUAGCAGGGCAAGAGCGGUUUGGUAACAUGACUAGAGUGUACUACCGGGAGGCUGUCGGAGCAUUUAUAGUCUUUGAUGUAUCCAGGGCAUCAACGUUUGAAGCAGUUUCAAAAUGGAAGAAUGAUCUUGACAGUAAAGUGAGGCUGCAGAAUGGCAACCCAGUGCCUGCAAUCUUACUCGCAAAUAAAUGCGACCAGACAAAGGAGGGACUUAGCAAUACUUUGCCCAAGAUGGAUCAAUAUUGCAAAGAGAAUGGCUUUAUUGCCUGGUUUGAGACAUCUGCAAAGGACAACAUCCGUAUUGAGGAAUCAGCUCGCCUCCUAGUGGAGAACAUCCUCAAUGCUGAAGAUGGUGGUAUAGCUCCUGCGGACCCUGACAUUAUCUCAUCCCAACAACUCUCUCAGCAAACUAAUAGUACCAGCUGUUCAGCUUGUGCAAAAUAAAAGACAGUAAUUGGAUCACUGACACCACUUGGAAGGGGGGGGGGUGGUGGGGGGGGCAGUGGUUGGAGAAUUUCAUUUGAGGUUGAAAAAUUAACUGGCUUUCAAGGCAAGGAGCUGGAGGGGUGACUACUGCAUGUGCUCAAUGACUGACUUGUACUUAGUGUGGAAUGCUGGAAUAGUGAUGAGACAUUCUGCCUCCUCCUAAAGGCAUUUGAUAUAAAUCAUUUGCUGAAUUGUUCUCAUUUUGUUAUCUUCCAUCCCCUCUGGAUAUUGAGCUUCCCUAUUUUGUUUAAAAUUUUGAUAUCCCUUUCCAGGGUUCUAUCUGAACCUGAGUAGCAGGGCCUUAGAUUUCAGGUGGUGAGACAGCAGUGGUUUUAUAAAUGCAUCAUUUUGGAUUUUUCUGACUACAAGAACACAAUCCAGCUGUUUAUUCAAAUGCACAGCUUCAGGUUUGACUUGACAAUUUUUCUUGUCUGGGAUAAAUACAGGAAAAGAUGUGAAUGUCUGCUACUGCUGGGCCAUGUAUUUUCUUCACUUGCCCUCCCCACUCCCCUACUCUAUCCAGACAUGUAUCUCAUUCUCAUGACAUGUUGUACCCUUUCUCUGAGUGGCCACCAACUUUUCCAGUGGUGAUGGGUAGUUUCCAACAGCGAGUACCACUUCAGAAUGGGUUCAUUCAUGAAACUGCAUCUAGGAAUGUUGGAAACCAUACCAAUUUUUGAUCCAUUUUCUCUAAUUAGAGACCAUUGCAGCCCUGUUGCAAUUAAAUUCUUGAGCACUACUCUAUUUAGUGUCCAAAAUUACCCAGUUGCACAAGAGCAAGGAUUUAUAUGUAACUUUCCUAUAUGCAACUUAUAAAAAUAUUCAGUCACAGCCUAACUUUUUUGGAAAGUAGGUUGUCUGGUUUAGCUCAGAUUAAGUGAGCUUGGCUGCUAUUCCAAUUCCAACUGCACAGCUUCUGUGCUGCAGCUUUUUUUCAAUCUUGUUAGCUUGUGAUAGAUGGGUGGACUUUGAUAUAGUUUGUCAUUACUUGUGGGUUGUUUUUGUCUUGUCAUUACCUGUUUAAAAUCUUGCUAUUUGGACAUUCUUGCUUGUUUGCUCACCCCUCCAAUUCAGUGCAGUAAUGGCAUUCCAGUUGAAUUUUGUGCCUGAAAUUUGUCUUGUUGCACAAGUGAGUGAAAUGCUGCAGAUACAAAUAAAUAAUGUGGCACAGGGAAUGGUGCAAAUGGAGUGGUUGUCAAGUAAGCAAGUCUGAGAUCUAAAUUCUCACCCUUUGUCCUUGACCCAAUAAUCUACAUCACAUUAGUUAGGAACUUAAACCUGUAAUCUUUUGUACUUUCCUACAUCUAAUACUUGUAUUAAAAAUGGGCACUUUCCAUUGGAUUUAAUAUGGAAGGUUGGAUUUAUUAUGGAUGUUUGAACAGGAGUGUCCUUUUUGCCUUGAGGUAGGAAGUGACAAAAUAUUUGGGUGACAGUGCACAUGUUUAAUGAUCCUGGCUUUUCCCUCCUCCACUCCUGUCUUAUUUUAAAUUAUUAAGGACUGCCUUUUGAGGUAACAUGCCCAAACAUUUUCCCAAUGGUGAGGAUUUUGACAUUUACCAAGAUUCUCUGGCCAACUUUGUAUUGUUGCUAUUUAUUUAUUAAACAGACUGC